AUGCUUGCUGCUAAGAAAUCAGGUGCUGCUACUGCUGCCGACAAUAAGAUUAAAAUUCUCUUCGUCACUGGUAACGAAAAUAAGAAGAAGGAAGUUCAACAAAUUAUGGGUGAACAAUUCCAAGUUGAUUCUUUGGCUAUUGAUUUACCAGAACUUCAAGGAGAAAUUGAUGAAAUUUCAAAGGAAAAAUGUAGAAUUGCCAUUCAAAACGUUUUGACUGAUCCAAAGAUUGCCUAUAAAUAUGGUUCCGAACACGUCAUUGUUGUUGAAGACACUUCAUUGUGCUUUAAUGCUUUGAAUGGAAUGCCAGGUCCUUAUAUUAAAUGGUUCUUGGAAAAGUGUGGACAUGAGGGUUUGAACAAGAUGUUGGUUGAAUGGGAAGAUGAUUGUUGUGAUGAUGGAUGUGGAUGUUGUGGAGAAGUUGAAUUGGAUUUGAAUCCAAAAGUUAUCAGAGGUGAAACCACUGGUGACAUUGUUCUUCCAAGAUCUGCUGAAGGUCCAGCUUUCGGAUGGGAUCCAAUCUUCCAACCAACUGGUUUCACACAAACUUUUGCUGAAAUGACUAAGGAACAAAAGAAUACUAUCAGUCACAGAUAUAAGGCUUUCCAAGCUUUGCAAGCUGCCUUGUUAGAGUAA